UCUUCUUUUUCUCUGAGCACAGCAUUUGGGCUACGAGACAACUUUGAAAGCCGCUUUUAGCCUCGCCUUUUACUUAGGAUGAGACAAAACCUUCCAUGACAAAAAUCUGAGAUGUUUUCUGCCAUUAUGUCCCAUCUGCCCCGCAUUUGUAAUCCUGCCCCUCGCAGAACAAAUCCACUGGACUGGUGCCUUCCUACUGAGACGCUAGAAGCAUAGAAGGCUGCCUCAGAGCGCCCAGCUUCUAUCAUUAAAACAAACAAGACAGAGACCUCGGCUUCAAAAAACAAAAAGAGAAACCAAUCUGAAAACACCAGCGUGGUAACGCCUCGCAGGUUUUGCUUAGAAGUUGCGUGUGCGUGUGUGGAAGUACUCGACUCGGGACAGACGGAAUGGGAUACCCGUGCAGGACAGUGCGAGGAUGGAGACGGCGGAAAGGAUGGACGUCCCUGGUUUGGGUCGUUGUUGUCAGCUUGGUUUUUGCUGACGGACGGAGAGUGAGGCAACCGAAAUGCCCCCCCGGAUGCACCUGCACAAAAGAUAAUGCCCUGUGUGAGGGUGUCCGAUCUGUGCCCCACACUUUCCCAUCCGACGUCGUUUCAUUAUCUUUUGUCAAGUCUGGAUUUAAUGAAAUUACUGGAGGAAGCUUUGCUCACACACCUACCCUGCAUCUACUAUUGUUCACAGCAAACUCAUUUGACCUGAUCGAUGAGGAUGCAUUUCAAGGUUUACCACAUCUCGAAUACCUAUUUAUUGAAAACAACAAAAUUGCAGAAAUAUCCCCAUAUGCUUUCCGGGGCCUGAAAGCACUAAUACAUCUGAGUCUGGCUUACAACAACCUUGAGACGCUGCCCAAAGAUGUUUUUAAGGGCAUGGACGCUUUGACCAAAGUGGAUCUGCGAGGUAACAAUCUGAUUUGUGACUGCAAGCUCAAGUGGUUGGUGGAGUGGAUGCAUCACACCAAUGCCACUCUGGACCAAAUCUACUGCAGUGGCCCACCCAUUCACCAGGGGAAGAGGAUCAAUGAUCUGCUGCCUCACUCAUUUGACUGCAUCACAGCAGAGUUCGCCUCCUAUCAAUCGCUGAAAUUUGAGUCCAUUUCAGUGGACGCCUUCACACUUGGUAAAGAACAGUAUGUUGUGUUUGCCCAGCCUUUUGCUGGGACAUGCAACUUUCUGGAAUGGGAUCACGUGGAAAUGACCUUCAGAACAUAUGACACCAUUGAAAGCACCUCCACUGUCGUCUGCAAGCCCAUGGUGAUUGACAGCCACCUCUUUGUCAUUGUGGCUCAAUUGUUUGGGGGCUCACACAUUUACAAACACGACACCUCCGCCAGCAAGUUCAUCAAGAUCCAGGACAUUGACAUCUUGAAAAUUCGCAAACCCAACGACAUUGAGACCUUCAUGAUCGACGGAGAGUCUUUCUUCGUCAUCGCCGACAGCUCCAAGGCGGGCUCCACAACGGUGUACAAAUGGAACGGCAAUGGAUUUUACUCUCACCAGUCACUCCACCCUUGGUACAGGGAUACAGAUGUAGAAUAUCUGGAGAUCUCCAACAAACCCCACCUGAUUUUGUCAAGUAGCUCCCAGAGGCCUGUCGUGUACCAGUGGAACAGGAGCCAGAAAAAGUUUGAACGCAGAACCGACAUACCGGACAUGGAGGACGUCUUCUCUGUCAAACACUUCCGGGUCCAAGGUGAUCUGUUUAUAUGCUUGACAAGAUUCAUCGGGGACUCCAAGGUGAUGCGCUGGGAUGGUGCCAUGUUCAAGGAGGUCCAGACAUUUCCUUCCCGUGGCUCUAUGGUGUUCCAGCCCGUCUCCACCGGCAACUGGCAGUACGCCAUCUUGGGCAGCGAUUACUCACUGACGCAGGUUUACCAAUGGGACACCAAGAGGGGCCAGUUUGUCCCAUCUCAGGAGCUGAAUAUCCAGGCGCCUCGGGCAUUUUCCCUGGUCUCCAUUGACGGCCGGGUGUUCCUGCUCGCAUCCAGCUUCAAGGGAAAAACUCAGAUAUACAAGCAUCUCAUGAUCGAUUUGAGCAAUUAGGCCCGCCUUCUAAAUGCUUUCUCCUGAGUUUGUAGAUCUCGUCAGUCCUAUUUUAAUCAACCAACUAUUUCCACCUUCGCUCAAACAAAAAGAAAGAUUUGUCAGAAAUAAUGACCUUUAGCUUAGUUUGUGGCUGAAAUGGCUUCAUUUGAAGAUCUGACAUCAUUUCCAUGACAGUGAAAACAUAUUUUACAAUCAGCUGCAGUGGCCUACCUGCCUUGUAUUUACAGCGUAAUCCCUUAAUAUUUGGAAAUGCCUUAUUCUCCAUUUGAAGCUGUGAAGUCACUUCAUCUGUUUUUCAACCCCAAAGGUGCCAUUGUUAGAAGACAUGCAGACCUGACUUUACCUCCAGUGUUAAAUACAUUGUAGACUUUGGGACAUUAACCUUCAAUACUAACAGGUGUGUGGCUUUUAAGCACUGUGGGUUAGUCUCAGUUGCUGUUUACUAUACUGAAGGUGAGAACAUCACCUUCCGCCCAGGCAUAUAAAUUUCAUCCUGUCACAUGAACCCUUCAAGUGACAGCCCUGACAGAUACCAUGUAGAAGACUGACAAUCUGACAAAUGUACAAGAACCUUCGUUUAGUUUUUUUUACAUUUAAAUGAUUAUAGAUGUAGUGAUGUAGUUAGCAAUAUAGUAAUUUGUCAGUAUUUGAGACCUGAGCUUGAUAAUAAUACUACCCUCAAACCAAAUGCAGGUAAAAAUUGGACUACUUGCUGAGAACUGUGCCCUUUCUAUGGCAGCUAGUUGGCAGCUUGUAAUUACUUCACCCUUAGAGACGAGUACUUCAAUCAAUGGAAUGACAAAUCUACUAAACACUGUGAGAAACUGAGUUUAAAAAAAUAAUCCUCUCUGCUCUCAGUUGAACAAGACUGUACACACGAUACAUUCAUGGUGUUGAUUUCUGAUGAAUGCCUCGCUAGAAGCAUCCCACUGUGUCGCCCAGUCCUCUCUCUUUCACUGCACCCUUGCCCCUUUUCUCCCUCAUUGACUAAACCAUUGUUGUCUUUACUCCACAACGAAAAGCCAACCACUGUGCCGCACAUACUACCUAUGCUUUCACGCGCUCCUCUUAUUCUGACACAAAAGAAGAUCGAUGACAAUUAAAAACUUCACCGACAACAAUUUGCCAAAAAAAUAAAUAAAAAAAUCAUGUUUACGUUUUUACAAUAUUGUAUAAAUUAUGUUACUUUUGUAAGUAGAGGGGACCACACUUGAUGCUUCUUUUUUUUAGUGCAGAGUUUAGUGUACCUAUAGUGGUAAGAUUUGGUGUAACAUGAUAGUUCUGCUGUAGACUUUUUUUGUGUCAGUUUUAUCUAGUUAAGUAAGGACAGAGGAUAUUAGCUAUUCCCUUGCAAACUGUUCUCAUUUUACUUUAUGUACAGUGGUAAUAA